AUGUCAACUUCGCACGAUGCAAUUAGCAGUGCUGACCGCAGUGGACAAGACGGCGCUGCUGGCGCCGACAUUGACCAAUUGCUAAAUUUGAUUGAUACAGAUUUGGCCGCCUUUACCCACCAGAAUUUGAAUGGUUCUAUCCCACAAGGCAGGACUUGGGAUCAACAAAACAAUAGAGUUCCAGCUUCAAAUUAUACGAAUCUAUCAAAUAAUAAUAUAUCUAAUGCUAUUGACCUACAAUCUACGACAACAAAUCGAACCUCUUCGCAGAGUUCUCAAAUUUCACAAAUGCCUGCUUUAUCAUAUAAUAAUAAUAAUACCUCGAGUGGUCUACCUCAACCAUACAAUGGUUUCCCUCAGCCUUAUAAUAAUCCAACGCCUCAAACUUAUACUGCAUUACAGCAACAAUACUAUGCACAACAUUAUUUUCCAUAUCAACAAUAUCACAAUUCCCAAAAUUAUCAUCCUACUUAUUAUCCUUCAUAUCCUCAAGAUUUGACAUCGCAAGGGUGGCUAUCAAACUCUCAAGCAUACUCAAAUGUAGGUUCAAGGCCAUUACCAAGACCGCCCGGCACCACUACACCAUAUUCGAAUGCACCGAUAACAUAUAUGAAUCCUUAUAAUUAUUACAGCUCUAUUGCAGGAGCUCAGUAUCAUUCCAUCCCAAAUAAUGGAACUGUUGUACCGUCAUCAACUUCAACAUCACAAUAUAAUAUACCUCAAAAAGUUAUCAUGCCUGAUUUUACUACAUAUGUUGAUCCCUCCUCCUCUUCGACUCCUGUUGUUAUAUCAGAAACUGAUUCUACACAUAAUAAUUCUCAUAAACCAAUUCCACCGCCAAUACAUAUUGGGGGGACAACCAAUAUUAAUAGCCCAAAUGUAGAGUAUCCUACGCAAUCAACCGGUCAAUCAGCAGCAUUACCGUAUGAUGCUUACCCAGCUGACAGUGGUGAGGGAAUAUCUGUUCAAUCUAAUCUUACUCGACCAGCAUCAAUGAAUUAUCCGUCCGGAAAAGAACCGAUAUAUUAUUCAGAAGAUUUAUCAUCCACAAAUAAAGUGCCUCUAUCCCAUACGCUAAAUGGAAUGAUGAAUCAUGCUUUGCUUUCUAAUAUCGCUUUAGCUUUUCGAGCAACCGUUAAACUAGGAACUCAUGAAAAUGGUGCUUUGGAGUAUCCAGAAAGUUUUACUGGGGCAGAUGCAGUGUCGACAAUACACUCACUUUUGCCCCCAUCUACUCCACGACGCAUCGCAUUAAAUAUGGCACGAUCCUUAGAAGCACAAUUAUAUUUUCAUUCGGUUGAUUGGUCGAUAAGUAGUGUUAUAAAGGAUACCCAAGAUGAAGUAUAUACUUUUCUUAAUCCAAGCCCUGGUACACCAACUGCAUUGGAAUGGGAUGAAGAUUUUCCAACUGGUGUUUUUCCUAGUGUUGGGAAAUGCUAUAGUUCUCGAUGUGGUGUUGAUGGUAAAGGGUGUUAUUCAAGGACUUGUCUGAAUUAUACUCCAUCAGAGGUAGAGAUUCGUUCCGAAGUUACAUUAAAUAGGCAACUAAGUGUAACAUCCGAGAUUUCAGAUACCUCUACGCUGGUGACACGACCCCAAGAACGCACUUGGAUUGGCUCUGUGCCCAAAGAAAUAUCUGAUAAAAUAGAUAAAGAUGAGAGAAAAAGACAGGAAAUUAUUUAUGAAACAAUUUAUACCGAAGAGGAUUAUGUCACAGAUUUAGACUUGUUAGAAGAGGGCCUCCGUAAAGCUUCACCGCCAAUUAUUCCACAAGUUCGUUUUGAAGCUUUUAUUCAAGAUGUAUUUUUCAAUGUUUUUGAAAUACGCAAGCACAACAAACGCAUGCUAGAAAAACUACGAGAAAGGCAGCGAGAGGGGUACAUCGUAGAAAAAAUUGGAGAUAUAUUUUUGGAAUGUGCAUUAGAUUUUGGAAACGAUUAUAUUUUGUAUAAUGGACAUUUUCCGCUAGCUGACGCUUAUAUUAAAGACAUGAAAAAUAAAAAUCCCGAAUUCAGGAGCUUUUUGGAGUCAUGCUCCAGAAGACCGGAGGCACGAAAGCUUGAUUUCCGGCAUUUUGUGCAACGUCCUACGCAACGUUUACAACGUUACACUUUGUUACUUGAGCAAGUCAUCAAAUACACGCCUAAAGAUAAUCCUGAUAGAGAAGUAUUGGAAAAUGCUUGGCAAACUAUUAAGGAGUUAUGCCGGGAAAGCGAUACGAAAGUGCACGAAGCAGAAAAGCGAUUAAAAAUAAUGGAGCUUGAACGUAAACUUGUAAAAAAGAACGGAGAGAUUUGUCCGGAGUUAAGACUUCUAGAUCCUAAUCGAACAUUAGUUUUCAAAGGGGAAUUAAAAAAGAGACGUUUGGAAUGGCUUGAACUUUAUGUUUUUCUAUUUGAUCAUUAUUUUGUGAUGACAAAACCAAGAAAAGGAAAUGAUGGAGAAAUCAAGUAUCAAAUAUCAAAAAAGAUUAUUCCAUUGGAGAUGCUAAAGGUAGAUACUUCCCCGGAACAAUCACAAUUAAGAACAUUUAAACUUAUUGACCCUCGUAAAGGGAAAAGUAACACUAUUGUUGGUGGAAUACCUGGAGUUCCACUUUUAGAAAAUCAAUUUGAAAAUCCCGACAAUCUUUUACAUCAAAAAUCCUUGUAUCCAUUCACCAUUAUCCAUCUUGGUAAAAACGGUGGAUCAUUCCAAUUAUUUGCGGAUUCAGCCAAUACGCGAAAAAUUUGGAAAGAUAAAAUAAUUGAAGCACAAACUAAACUUCAGCUUAGCAAAUCACAUCAACAAGUAUUUGAACUGUUUACCCUCGAUGAUGCAAAUUUUGCCUCUAGUCCUGCUAUAAAUUUUAACGGUGGACCUACAGCAGCAUGGAAAGGAAAAGUAAAUUGUUCAGUGCCAUUUGUUACCCCGGAAAAGCGUAACAUGGUGGCAAUUGGUACUGACGAUGGCGUCUGGAUGGGAUUUGGUGGUGAGACUAAAACAUUCCGGCAUGUUUUAAGACUCAGUAAUGUAAUGCAAAUGGCCGUGUUGGAAGAUUACGCUAUAUUUGUUGUAUUAGCAGAUAAAUUACUUUUGGCAUAUUCACUCGAAGUAAUGAUACCUUCAUCGAAUAAUCCUCAGGCUUCAGGAUCUCAGGCAUCGAAGCAUCCUCAGCGACUGAGUAAUAACGCCAAUGUCCAGUAUUUUAGCGUUGGCACCAUAAAAGAUAAGACACUACUGAUUUACCUGAAAAAGCGAAGUCUAGAAAGCCAUUUCAAAGUUCUAGAACCGAUUGUCGCUGCAAAUAGUAAUGAAAGGAGUCGAGGAUUAGGUGGAUUUGGAUCCCGCCGGUUUGGACUGGCAAAAAAUGAUUGGUUUAAAGAAUAUAAACAAUUCUAUAUACCCUCUGAAUCGUAUUCAAUAAAUUUUUUGCGCUCGAAAUUGUGCGUUGUUUGCACUCGUGGCUUCGAAAUUGUCAAUCUAGAAACUUUGCAAAAUGGAACAAUACCGGAUUUUGCGAGCCCGCAAUUCGAAAAAAUUGCACGAAAAUGUGAAAAUUCCAAACCGCUAGGCAUGUUCCGUCUAGGGGACAAUGAAUUUCUGUUAUGUUAUGAUGAAAUCUUUUUCUAUGUGGAUAAACACGGUGAAUUGUCUCGGCAAAAAACUGUAGAAUGGGAAGGAAAACCCACAGCAGUUGCAAUGCAAUACCCUUAUGUGAUCGGUUUUGAUCCUCAAUUUAUUGAGGUACGACACGUCCAAACGGGGGAGUUGGCACAGAUAAUAACCGGGUCUAAUAUGCAAUGUCUAAAUGACAACAGUUCCGGAAGGCAUGCCAUUCAUGGUGUUAUGCAGCAUCCAUUCAACGAAACUUAUUACAUCUUUCAACUAGUUAUGGCUGAAGUAAGAAGAACAAAUAGUAUAGUUAGAGCAAGUGGUAGUCGUAUUGGUGGUGCAGUGUUCUCGAAUAUUCGAUUUAUCCAAACUCAUUUUUCAUCUUUUUUCAAAAGACCAAGAAGAAUGGCAGAAGAUUGGGAGGAUCAGAGUUCGGAUGAGCUUCCUGUACCACUUGCUCUUCCUACCACUAGAAAAUGGGACGACGAAGACAAGGAUGACGGCCAAAUCAAAGAAGCAUGGGACGAAUCUGAGGAAGAACAAGAAAAAAAAGUAGAAACAAAAACUCAAGCGGAACCAGCAAAAAAGAAAAGUCCAUUAAGUCAAAAAAUAGCGGAACGAGAAGCAAGAAACAAGGAAAAUGACAAAUUGAAAAAGCAACAAAAACAAUACGAGGAGGAAGAAGACCCAGUUCAAAAGAAAAAUCUGCUUCGUCAAUUACAAGUCGACGCUGAUCUUGAGAACACGGCAAAUGCAUUUGGGGUGGAUCUUGAAGAUCUUCGAGGUCAAUUAACUUAUUACCAAAAGGAUACAUUUGUAACUCUGGACACGAUUGAUCCAAAAAAUAAAGAGGAGUUCGAAGAGUUCUCACAAUUAUUAAUUGCAAGGAUUAGAAAGCAUGAGAAACAAGGCUAUUAUCCAACGUUUCUAAUCAACCUUUUUCGAGAACUUUGUUUCCCACUCAAAGAUAUUGAUGUACGUAAAGCUUCUAGUACUUUGGCGGCAUUGGCCAACGAAAAGGCAAAGGCGCUAAAAGAAAGUAAUAAACCAAAAAAGAAAGGCAAGAAGCCUUUCCUUGCAACUGAGAAAAGCGACACAACAGAUUAUACCAAUUUAGAUGACGAGUUUGAUGAUUUUAUGUGA